UCUACCGGCACGCGGGUUCGCUCCCCGGCCUGGGCAGCCUGCGUUCGUUCUCGCUGGACUCUUGGUGGGGGCUGCCGGACCCAGCGCCGGUGCAGAUAACCGCCAGGCGCGAUUCCUGGCUCAGCUGGGACGCAGUCAGCCGGUCACUGGACCUCGUCAUCUCCUUCAUAGAAUACUACACCUCCAGGACCCAGUUCGAGUCGAUGGGUACCAGCUCCGGGUCCAAGUCUGGAGCGGCCCAGUCGUCAUCGGCAGCGGGGACGCCUGGAACCCCUGGCACCCCGGGGACGCCGGGCAGCGGAGGCCCGCAGGGAUCCAAGGGCCAGGGAAAGGGCCAGGGCGGCGCCGGCGCCAGUGCGGGUGCGAAGGGCGAGCACUCCUCGAUGGCCUUCCUGCAGAACCGCUCCAUGUCGAUGCUCGACAUGUACAUCGACAACACGGAGUCGUCUGAGAACGUCGGCCAGAUACACUUCAGCCUCGAGUACGACUUCCAGAACACCACGCUCAUCCUCCGGAUCAUCUCGGGGAAAGAUCUCGCCGCCAAGGACAUCUCUGGCACGUCGGAUCCCUACGUGCGCGUCACACUGCUGCCCGACAAGAAGCACCGGCUGGAGACCAAGAUCAAGCGGCGCACACUCAACCCACGCUGGAACGAGACCUUCUACUUCGAAGGUUUUCCAAUUCAGAAGCUGCAGAGCCGUGUUCUGCAUCUGCACUGUUUCGACUACGAUCGAUUCUCCAGGGACGAUUCCAUAGGAGAAGUCUUCCUGCCUCUCUGUCAGGUGGACUUCUCUGAGAAGCCGUCUUUCUGGAAGGCGCUGAAACCGCCGGCCAAGGACAAGUGUGGGGAGCUGCUGACGGCGCUCUGCUACCAGCCCAACAACAGCGUCCUCACGCUGACAUUGCUCAAGGCACGCAACCUCAAGGCCAAGGACAUCAACGGCAAAUCAGAUCCCUAUGUGAAAGUGUGGCUUCAAUUUGGAGACAAGCGUAUCGAGAAACGUAAGACACCAGUGUACAAAUGCACUCUAAAUCCAAUUUUUGAUGAAUCCUUCAGCUUCAAUGUUCCUUGGGAGAAAAUAAGAGAAUGUUCUCUGGAUGUUCAGGUUAUGGAUUUUGAUAACAUUGGAAGAAAUGAGCUUAUUGGACGCAUUAUGCUUGCUGGUAAAAAUGGUUCUGGAGCAACAGAGACAAAACACUGGCAGGAGAUGAUAACAAAACCACGACAAACAGUCAUACAGUGGCAUCGACUGAAACCUGAGUAACUAAGUUAUGAUGGGAUCAACAAUGAAAUCUACGACAAUGGAUCUUCUACAAAUUAAAUAAUACUCUGCAUUAUUUUUACAGUCAUAACCCUGUGAUCAAAUAUAAUUUGGCAGUGUACAUAUCUUGUGGAGUGAAUUUCUUAUAAAGUAGGCUGUGAUGAAAUUGUCAACAUCAUAAACUCAGUAAAACGUAUGUAUAUUACAAAGAAACAGAUGGAACUGCUAUGUAUUGUCAGUAAUAAUUAUUUUACAGGUACUAAGCACCUUGAAUGAAUUUUCAGUCAUUUAUUAUGGCAUACUUGUUUUGUUUUGUCAUAAAUUUUAUGUAGCACGAAGCUCUUUGUACUCUUACUUAGAGCUAUGCAAAUCCAAUAACAAGUCAUACACAUGCACAUAUGUGACACAAAUUCAAGAGCUUCUUAUAAGCUUUUAAUGUAAAUUGUGUUUAUGAUGCUGAUCUCUGUAACUCGUGCUGAAAUAUCUUGCUAUCAAUGUAAUUGUGCUCUCUAGUAUACAACAGACACACAAAUUCUUUUGAAAAGUCAGAAAUGUAAAAAAAAAAUUACUGAGUCACAAAAUUUCAUUAUUCAACCAUACUUACAGUUAAUUUUAAGUAUUUAGUUUGUCUAGUUAAAUAUGUUUUAAUUAGUUUUUACAAACAAUUGUAACAGUAUUUCAAUAUUUUUGUUUCAUAAACAAAUACCAGAAUGACAUACUAAUACAGUUGAUCUUUACAGUAGCUAGUACCUUCCACUCAGAAUGCAAAAUACUCUCAGCAAGAAACAAAAAUUAACAAUACAUGUAUGACAAUAUGCUACAGUAACUGAUUAUGGUGUACACCUGCAACAGUUUUUACUGGAAUUCCCUUUCAACUGUUUUAAAGAGGAUUAUAUGUUGAUACAGUUGUAGAUCUUGGUCUUGCAUCAACAGAUAAUUUCCCUAUUAAUAGCUGUUGUUCAGUAAUUUUGUUAAAAUAUAAAGUAUGUUACAAAAUAUUAAAAUGUGGGGUAUUAAAUAUCAGUAAUUGUUCUUUGAAAACUUUUGCAUUCAUAUGAAUACAAUUUCAAAAGGUAACCUUGCUAGAGUUUUCAUUUAGUCAGAGGUCUGUUAACAUUCAUUUUGAGUACAAUACUGGUGAAACGUAACAGUGAAAUGAUGCAAAAUGUUAAGUAGGCCUAAGUGAUAGCUCAAAGCUCAGAAACACAAUACAACUACUGUUUGGUGGCUGAACACACCAAAAUUUAAAUGGUAUCAUGACUUCUCCAAUUCUCUCCCUCCCCUCCAAUCUUUCCCUCUCUGAGAGGGGGGGGGGGGGGCUUGGAGGGGAGGAGGGGA